AUGGUGCUGUGCAUGUGCAACAUGGAUGGUAAGCCUGGUGGAAUCUCCCAGGUGUCUGCCAGGAGAUGGUGCCGUGUAUAUGCAGCAUGGAUGGUAAGCCUGGUGGAAUCUCCCAGGUGUCUGCCAGCAGAUGGUGCUGUGCAUAUGAAGCAUAGCUGGUGAAGCCUGGUAGAGUCUCCAAGAUGUCCAGGAUCAGCACAUGUGGCGUCUGACGUCAUCAAAAUGCGACGUGUUUCUGAGCAUGUGCAGGACGUGAUGAGUAUUUGCAUACAGUAACACCCAGGGGCGGACUGACCAUUCG